CAGUCACAGUCAGAGGCGGCGCCAGUGAACAAGCAGGCACACGAGCUGCUCCCGACAAGACGGUCCUCGUUAACCACCAGUCGGGUCGAGCCAACCCUGCGGAGUGCAUCUUCGGGCUCUCUCAGCAUGGCACCCAGCGCCUGGACCGCCCUUCUGCUCGCAGCGCCCCUGCUGCUCGGGCUGGCCGCCGCCUACCCCCACAGGGCGUACCACGAUGAAGCGGACGGCGCCGUCCAGGAGAAGAACGUCAGGCACAUAGACGGCUUAGGUGUGCAGCAGACGUCGGACGCCGCCCGGCAGCUGGAGGAGCAGGUGCGGCGCCAGGUGGAGGAGCAGGUGCGCGCCACGGGCAGCGGCAGCGCCAGCGGCCAGUGGUCCGUCACCAAGCACUCGGAGUACUCGGGCGGCGGCAGCGUGCCCGUGCGCGCCACCAUCACCGGCGAGGCCCUGGAGGGCGGCGACGGCCUCAUGGGCAUCACCACCAACUGCCACAACUGCAGGCUGCGCAUCCGCAAGGUCGGCGGCGGCAGCAGCAGCGGCGCCGGGGUCAGCGAGCAGGCGGGUGGCGCGGGCGGCGUGCAGGUGGAGUCCAGCCAGUCGCGGUACUACAGCAGCCGGUCGGAGGGCGGCCAGGGCGGCCAGAGCUACGGCAGCGCCCACCCCGUUGACCUCUCGGGCGGACUCUCGGGCGGUAGGCUCGUGCAGUCCUCUCAGCAGCAGCAGUACAGCGCCGGCGGCUACGGCUCGUCCCCCGGAUCGUACGGCAGGGUCGGCGCCGUGGACGCGGAUGGACUCUCGUCCUCCAGGAGAGACACCAAGGUCACCAAGUCCUCAUGGCAGCUGGCGGACCUGGGCUACGGCACGAGCAACAUCGAGGACCUGAUCCGACGCCUGGACGAAGACAUGCGCGCCGGCCGCUACCAGAACGGCAAGACCGUCACCACCGUGACGACCACCACGUCCGAGAACGGCAGCCCGCCCGUCACGCGCCAGGAGACGUACGUCAAGGACGGCCUCGACAUGUCCCAGUCCCAGGUCGGCAGCCUCGACAUGUCCCAGUCCCAGGUCGGCAGCCUCGGCCACGGCUUCGCGAAGGGCGGCACCACCUCUAUUGUCAGUCACUCCGAGAUCGAAGACCUUCUCCGGGGACUCCGCGAGGAGCUGCGAACUGGAAAGACCGAGGCCGGCAAGACAGUCACCACGGUUGUUGAGAGUUCCUCGGUCAACGGCGCCGCUCCCGUCGUCACCAAGAAGACGUACGUACGCGACGGCUACGACGCAUCCGCGCUAGAACUAGGCGCAGCAGGCCUGGAUGCGGGCUUUGGCCAGUCAGGCGUGUCGGGCAACUCGGGCUCGCACAGCUUGUCCAGGACCACGCAAAGCGUGUGGUCGUCUGGCGGAGUACGGCCCCUAGGCGUCGACCACCUGGGGGGUGGCAACCUGCUCACUAACUCGCACCACCUGGCGAGGAACUCGACGACCGUGUCGACUUACGGCAGCGGCUCCGGAGGCCACGACGUGCGCACCGUGGACGCCCUCGGCGGCGGCCACCUCAUCCGAGAGUCGGGCGGCUAUGGUGCGACCUCCGGCUCCGAGGUCAAGGGCACCCGGCGCGUGGAUGCGCUGGGCGGCGGCCACCUGCUCCGAGAGACGGGCGGCGGCUACGGCGCUACCGGCUCUUACGGCUCCGAGACCAGCUCCUCCUACAAGGAGACCCGUCGCGUGGACGCGCUCGGCGGUGGUCACCUCAUCCGCGACACCGAGGGCUCCGACCUGAAGGGGACGCGACGCGUGGACGCGCUCGGUGGCGGUCACCUCAUCCGCGGCACGGACAGCGCGCAACAGGGCGCAUCCUACUCGGGAUACUCCGGCAGCGCCAGCAGCUCCCGCUUUGAGGGUCAGGCGGCUCUGCAGCCCCGACCGACCACCGACACCCUGAGCGUAUCGCAGAUGCCCGGCUACAGGAAGGACGCUCCCCUCGACACCGACCUGCCGGCGUACGGCAGCAACAGCAAGUACUACUCUACCUUCCAGACGAGCAGCUACACGUCCGGAGCUGGAGGCGUGGGCGGCGCCGGCGUCGUGGACAGUAGCCUGGCCGGGUCACAGACGGCCCUCGGCGGACUGGACAGUUCGCUGUCCGGCUCCUCGGACGGCGACACCAGGACGUCGUCGAGCUCCUCAUACAAAAAGGUGGUCAAGUACAGCAGCUCUGGCAGCACCGGCGUAGAGCUGGAACGCGAUCUGGACCACCUCGGCGGUGGACAUCUCAUCCGCGGCGUUCCCUCCACCGGGGACGGGCAGCGCACCCAGGACGUGGGCGGCAACCAGGCCUUCAUCGCCUCUGAGAGCGGGCGCAUCCCCGAGGCGGGCUCGGGCAGCUACUUCUCAUCCGGCUCCUCCUCGUACCAGAGAGCGUCGUCGGGCAGCUCCGGCAUCAACGGCGUGAACCCCGGCGCGCCCACCGGCGCCGUGGUCGUCCCCGUGCGCGGGCCCGCCGCCUCGUCGUCCGUGAUCUCGGUACACGGCAGCAGGUCCGAGUGGGCCGAGGCCCAGGAGACCAACGACGACGAGUUCCCGGCGUUGGGCCCCGCCGCGCCCACGUCGCCCGGCAUCGUGAUCGGCUACGGCUCCGGUAACGGCGGCUACGGCGGCGGCACCGCGGCCCGGCCGGCCGUCGCCUCCGGUGACAGCUCCGUCCAGCGUGGCGGAAAGCUUUCCGUGUCUCUCGCUGACAUCGGCAUCCUGCCGUCGGACGGCUCCACUCAGCAGGCCAGCUCCGGUUACAGCAGCAGCGGUAGCACUAGGUACUCGUCCAGUGCGAUUGCCAGUGAGACUGAAUACGGGGCCACCGGCGGCAGUGGAUACGGUACCUCCGGCAGUGGAUACGGAGCCUCUGGUAGCGGAUACGGCGCCUCUGGCACUGGAUACGGCGCCUCUGGCACUGGAUACGGCGCCUCCGGCAGCGGCGGCUACGGCGCUAGGUCCUCGUCGACCUACAGCAGCAGCAGGCACUACGAGGUGCCGGUCGCCUCACACGGCACGUCCUGGAGCUCGCAGUCGUCGUACUCCUCUGGCAUGCCCAGCAGGGCGUCGUCAUCGUACGGAAGUCUUAGUCAGGGGUCCAGGGGUCAGAGGAUGACUCAAACACACACCGGCCCAGACUGUGACGGCACAGUCAAGAUCUAGACGCAGCCAGUGAACCCUACAUCCUCAAAGACUGAUUUGAAUAUAUGCUGGAGCUAGUCGCCAUUCUCCACCUUCCCGAACCCGGAUUAUCGUUUCAUACAUGUCAUGUAAUCGUUUCACAAUAAAGUCAUUGAUUUAUCAAAA